AAGAAGCAGAAAAGGUGCAUCAAUAAAGAUGGCGGGUACAUUGAUAAUUUAUUUGUGAUCGCAAAAUUGGCAAAUCAAUUAAUUUAUUAAUUAAAUUGUUCUACUAUGGACAUAAAAUAUUAUAUAUUUAACGAUAAUGAAGUGGUGCUUAAAUUUAUAAUUGAAAGAAACCAGCUUGCGGAUUUAGAAUGAAAAAACAUCGAAAUCUACUAAAGAAAACAAAGUGAUUUUUAAGGAUGCCGUACACCGCGUAAUAAUUUAUAGUGCAGCAGUUGAAAAUUUUUAAUUUGAAUGUUUAAAAACCACACAAUGUCUUUCAGACUCAAAGUGAAAUAAUGCUGUGGUUAAUGCUAUAUUUUUUCUAUGUGUACAACGAUAAAAUGGCAUUAUUUGAGUUCGGAUAAGUCCUAGUUAUUCGGAAAAUUGAACGAACAAUGAAAAAGUUUGAUUUAGUAUUAGGACAACAUUCCAAAGUGGACUUAAUAAUAUGAAACAAAAAUGUACUUAAAUACUAGUGCGCUUUAAUCCGGUACAUUAAGUGUCGUGAAAAAAUGUCUCAGACUCCUCACAAACCUCUACAAAAAAUGUGUAAAUCUCCAAAAAUUUCCACCUAUCAAACCAUCAAGCAAGAAAAGAUUGAGUACGAAAAUUUAAGUACCAAUUGCACCGUUGUGGGAUCUAAUAAUUUGAAUCUCGUAAAGAAACCUCAAAUAGUUACAAGUGUAUCUCCUGCUUAUUCUAAUCCUAGUCCUGUUUAUCCACCAUCUCCCUAUUCCUCUCCAGCUAGUCUUAAAUCUCCGUCUCCUUCAUUAAAACCACCAACACCACAACCGAAUUUUCCAGUCAUGCAAAUUAUACAAAACAACAUACUAGCAAGACCUAUACAAACAUCACAACCUCAGAAUAUCAUCAAAUUGAAGCCACAUCUGAAUAUUUUGCCCAAACCAUCAGCUAGUCCGCAGCCGUCUCCCAAACCAAGCCUGAGUCCCCAAAUAGUCCUACCUACGAAUCAUCAGCAAACUGCUACAAUUGUACCAACUGCCCAACCAUUGCUACUUAAUCAAAUGCCUAUGCUAACCACCCCGUCAGUUCAGUUUAUUCUUAGACCACAAACGGCUACAAAACUACAACCCCAGAUGCAGACAGCUACUGCAACUCCACAAGGACUCAUCUUACAACCAGGUGGACAGCAGCUAUUACAGAUACAACCACCUAGAUCGCAGCCAAUGGUUAGAGUACUGACUAACGGAAUGCAGUUAACCCCAUCCUCUACUACUACUUAUGUCACACAAGUUGGUACCCAGCAACCUAAUACUGCUAGUCACCUCACACAACAGACCCUAGUAAAUAACACACAAGCGCAACAUGUGGUUCAACACCAACAAUUGAAGAAAAAACCCAAGAACAAAGUUAAAAAAAAGCUUGAUCUGGCAAAUAUAAUGAAAUUGUCUGGUAUCGGUGAUGAAGACGAUAUACAAUUUGAAAGUGACACAUCGCAAAGCGAAAGUGAACAUAAUUCUGUCCCUACAACUCCCCAGCCCCAACAUACAGUUCACAGUACAGUUCAGGCUCAAACGAAUUUUGUUCAUACCGAUACUAAAAAGAAUAUACAGAACAUACAAAUUUCUGCCAUGGCACAACCUACAAUUAAUGCAACAACACCAGUUGUUCAGGUCUUAAAUCAAAAUUUUCAGAGUGGCAUGAUCUCUAAUAGUAGUUCACAGGCAGCUACAGCGCAAGCAAGUAUUCCAUUUAACUCAUUCAUAACUCCAAAUUUUACUAUAAACAACGGCCUAAUGCUUCAAAGAAGUGGUGGUUUCAAAUUAACAAUGGGAGAUGAUGGAAGAUUGAUACUUCAACAUGAUCCUACUAUCAAUACUGACCUACAGUCUCAAAUUAUCUUACAAAGUUUGUUGGGUGGAUUAGUGUUACAACCAUCGAUGGAUCAACAAACUGUACAGCAAACUGUCCAAACAAUUCAACAACAAUCAGUACAAACUAUACAACAACAAACUGUGCAAAGUCAAACAAUACAAACUGUUCAACAGCAAACUGUCCAACCGCAAACUGUACAGCACACAAUACAAUCGUUGCAACCUCAAAUACAACAACAGACUGUCCAACAGACAAUUCAACAUCAAACAGUGAAUGCUUUGCAACAGCCUAUGCAAAUAGUACAACCACAACCUAUACAAAGCAUCCAUUCUCAAGCUCAACCUCUUCAUUCAAUAUCCCAAUCACAAGUACACAGCUUACAGUCACAAAUACAAGGCCAAUUACAGAGUUUGUUGCAACAACAGAAUCACACAGUACAACAUUCAAAUGUACCAACACAAAAUGUACAUUCUCAAACCGUUCAGAGCGUACAAAAUGUUCAGAGUAUGCAACAAAAUUUACAAAAUCUUCAACAGAACGUUCAAAGUGUGCAACAAAAUAUUCAAAGCGUACAACAAAACGUACGCAGCGUUCAACAAAACGUUCAGAGCUUACAGCAGAAUAUUCAAAGCAUACCUCAACAAACUCUCCAACAGCCAGCACAAAAUUUCCAUACGAAUCACUCGCAUCCCCAGAAUCAACCAGUGUUGAAGGUACAACCUUUCCAAAAGUCCCAACCGCCAGUACAAACAGUUCAACCGAUACAACAUCACAUCAGCAAUCAACAACAAAGUCAACAGCAGCAACAACAACACCAACAACAAAAUUUGAGAGAAAAUCAACAGAAUCAAAAUAAUAAUGCGCCACAACCAGCUUCAUAUGUUGUAAAUUUAACUCCUGAUCAAUUGGAGCAAUUGAAGAGGAAUGGUCAGCUAACUGUUAACGGACAAACUAUUUUUAUGCAACGUCCUAAUAAAGAUCAACUUGAUAAAAAAAUAUCACCAAAAUCGAAAACUACCAAGAAGGUGAACAAAAUUCAAAGCAUCAAAAAUAUUUUGCAUGAAACUGAAAACGAACCGGUAAAAGCAAGCAAUAAUUCGGAUCCAAUCAAGGAAAAUGUGAAUAAAUCUGUAGAUAGUGCCUUAAACGCACCACCACCUAAACAAACUCUACCUCAAAACCACGUUCAGCCUCAACCGCUGCAACAAACUAAGCCAGUUCAACCCCACGCUUUGGUCCAACCUUCCAUACAGGUACAACCUAAGACAAUUCCUGAUAGAUCGAAAUCUCUUGCUACGCCCGCUGUAUCACAGAUUCCUAAACAACAGAAAGUGGCACCUACCAUUAUAUCACAAGAUUCGAAUGGCGUCGAUGCAAAUCCUGACGUAGAUAAAAUUCUAGUCCAAAUUCUUGAAGAAUCCAAUAUGAGUAACGUUCCCAAUAGCACAAGUGCUACAGCUCCGACGUCUCAGCCUCAUCAGAGGAUAACAACAAUUCAACUAACACCGCAGAAACAACAGCAACUGAAAAAUAUCCAACAUCAGAUACAAUCGUUGUCUGCAAGGUUAACACCAGGAGAUGUGGAACUACAGAAUACCUUGAAAAUGUUAUUCACUGAACAACAGAAAAUUUUGGCAUCUGGAAAAUUGUUACCUAUGGAUAAGGUACAUUAUCACAAUAAUCAAUUGACCAUCAUGAACCCGUCCGCAUUGAAUCCAUCGCCACCUACUCCAGUCAAAAGUGAAUCAAUUGAAGCUCUCAAUUUUGGACCUGCUUUAAAUAAUAGUCAAAAUACAUCGAGGAAUACAACCGUCGAAACACCAACAACUACACGAUAUCAACCAAUUACUACACCAGCACAUUCGGCAGCAAGAAUAUCCGUUUCAGUUCCAUGUAGUGAAACGACAGCUACUCAAACGAUUCAUCAUCUACCGUCUCCGUUACCUCAAAAUAUCCAUCAAACAACAUCUCAUUUUACUCAUAUAUCUCAUUCAGUAUCCUCACAUCAAAUCCCUGCCAUAUCGUUAUCUUCUCUACAUUCGAUUUCGUCACAUCCCCCUAUUUCGAGUCAUCCUAAUAUAACAACCCAUCAACAGCAACAUCAACCGCAGCAUGGAACUAUUAGCAAUUCAAAUGAUACGGUUACUCAGAAUCAUCUACCUACGUCUCAUUGUUCAUCUGGGAUACAUCAAAGUACCACCCAUAAUGUCGUUUCAAGUCAUCAAGUAUCCGGUAAUGCGCCAAAUCAUCUACAUUACAAUCAUAUUGUCAACCAGAGGUUCAAUUGUCCACAACCAAUACAACAAAUUUCUAUGCAGCAACAGCAGAUUCAAAGGCAACAGUUGAUGCAUAAAAAAGCCAAUAUUAUUGAAACUCAGUUGACUAUGGACCAAAACGGAGCUACCAAACCAGACAUUCACACACCAUUCAAAGAUAAAAAAGACGCUUGUAUAAGAUUGAUACGAUACCACUGCUUGGAUCAACCAGUCUUAUCGGAAAAGGACCUUGAUAAGGCAGAUGAAAUUUUUGAAUUAACUGCCCAACAUUUAAUUAGUAAAUUUUCUAGAAUGGAAGACAAGUACAAAUAUUUAUUAAUGAAAGAAAGUAUGCGCCAAGUUCAAACAUCUGAGAUGAUGAUGUUGGAUCGUAUGUUUUUAACCGACGAGCAACAAUCCCUAAUGAAGCUACGACAGGAUUACGAGAAUGAACUACUCAACAUUCCUUCUAAUUCUGAACAAGAAAUGCCUCAAUCAUUACCGCCGCCACCACCUCAACCGCCGCCUCCUCCUUCUCAAUCAACAACACACACAUCACUAUCUACUUCAACGCAAAAUGCUGCAGUUUCGUCAUCGGAACCGUCGUCUGAAGACUACGAUGAAUGGGCGUGCAUUCAACGCGAAUUGGGGUGUUUACCGCAACAUAUUGAGACUAAAUUAUCCCAGCACAACCAUCCGAAACGUUCUGCUAGCACCGAUUCCAGGUUGGAAACGUUGAAGCGAUUUCGCGUCGAUAAGCAUCAUAAAAAAAGUACAGACGUUAAUUUGUGCGGUGUAAAUAGUAUCGGUAAUAGUGCGCCAAGUACGAUAUAUCACCAGCAAUCGAAAGCAUCCAGUGGUUCGUCUACAUACGAUAGUGCUCAGAAUUGUAGUUUCUCAUCGCAUGAAGACAACGAACCAGAAAAUAAUAGUAUCGACGAACAAGUACAAUCCGCCAUCGAUUCUAUAUUAAACUUGCAGCAAACUCCUUCACUAGAUUUGGAUAGUAUUUUAUCAUGACGUCAGUUUUAAGUAUGAAUGGAGUAUUGUGUACGAUUUUUUUCUUCUUUUGUUGGGAGUUUUGGUAUUAUAGUUCAUUAUAAGCCGGACUUAGUGAACGUGCUCUUAUGUGCGUCGAUGAGCCUAUUUUUUUGUGAUAUUUUGGGAAGCAAUAUUUAUUUAUGUUGCGACUUUGAUCAAGUACGAUUAAUUAUACGUAAAGCUGAUAGUGUGAAUAUUAAAUACCAAAUGAAUUUUAAUGAUUUUUCUUUUAUUCACGUUUUAGUAGACCAUUGAAUUUGUCCAAAAAGGUAUGGAUAUUAAAGAAAACAGUUGCAACUUAGAAUUUGUUAACCAAAAAAGUCUUUUUAAGGUUUUGUUUAUUUAUUUCUCUUAAUAUACUAUACAAUAAAUAAUUGGUUUUAAAAAAUAUUUCCAAUGUACAAUUAACGCAACCCAAAAAAAUCAAUCCUGAUGUUCGAUGUUACGUGUGUGUCAUUCCGUAUCAAUUUAACAUGGGGUUUGUAUCUUGUCAUCACAUAUUAUCUUGAAAUUUGGCAAAGGUGUUCUCUUGGUACAGCCUUGGUCAAAUUUUUAAAAUUUUCAAAAUUUAUUUAAUGAACAGCUGCUAGUGUUAUAAAUAUUAAAUUGGGAGGAUAAUGAUCUCAAAAAAAAUCUAAGUCAUAUAGUCAUUUAAUGAAUACAACUGUAAUUGCCAUAUUUUUGUAAAAAUUCCAAAGAAAAAGUUACUACCUAGUAAGAUAGGUAUAGGUUCAGUAUUUAAUGCUUGAAAAAACUUCAUUCAUUUGGCAUACAUCACUUUUGAGUAGCAUAUGAGCUCUAUGAGUAGGAGUUUGGAAAUUUGAUCGGGUUCAACCCCUAAACCAAAAAAAAUACAGCCCCCAAAAAACCACCUUCUGGAAUCAUGAUGAGUAGAAACUCGCCCUUAUUUUCAAUGUCAUCUAUUUUCUUUCUCUUCUCUUCGGUAACCUCCAGUUAAUAAAUAUUUGUCAUCUGGAUCAUUAAAUAAAAACUUUUUUAUAUCCUUUCUUAAGAACAUAUUAGAUUUUUUUAAGGUUUGUACCCGACUGAUUUUCGUUUCAGAAAUGUCAUUAAUUUGGCAUCUUUACAUAAAUCUACAUUAUCAUAUAUAAUUUAAGUUGCUUUUAGUUUAAAAUAGUUUAGAGGACUGAAUCUUUUAGACUUUUCUUCAAAAUAAUAUUAUUCUGGUUCCUCUAUUUCAUAAAAGUGUUAUAUUCCUUUAGAUAGAUUUCUUUGGAUUUGUCUGGAAAAAAAUUUAAUGCUGCAACAUUUGCGUUUUCUAUAAUUUCUUCAGUAUUUCAAACUCGGAAUCUUCACUUUCCAUCUUUACAUUAAUAAUAAUAAUUCAAGGUGUUCCGGGACUUGAUACAAAAAAAUCGGGAGUGAGUAGAUGACGUGUGUGAGCUGUGACUUAAAAAAAAUUCUCAUACGAGUCUUCGUCAGAUUGUUUUAGUCCUAGCCAUUGUUCAGGUCAGGGAGAAAA